CUAUGUUUCAAUUCCAUUCAUCAACUUUCAUUCCGAAGUAUCACCCGCAAAGUCUGCAAUUUUCCAAGCCGGGAUACAGCACGUUUUUCUUCCUCACUGACAAGAUGCCGGGAUUCGUUGCGAGCUGGCUCUCCAUUUGGGUGUGCACCUGCGGUGCCGUCAUUUACCAGGCCCUUGGCCGCUCCAACGGGUUCAGCUCGCUCACAAUCCUCCUGGCCAUUGAGAUCGUCGCUCUGAUAGCGUGGGCAUUGUACUGGAUGCUGUUUUAUCCCGCCUACUUCACGCCAUUUCGCCACCUUCCGACGCCCCCUGGACGAACCUUGCUACGCGGUAAUAGGAAAGAGGUUUUUCCAGAUUAUGCAUGGCCCGAAAUUCGAGCGGCGUAUGAGACCAUUCCAAGCCGAGGCUUGGUCCGGUUUUAUGAACCCCUGAGCACCGAGGUGCUAGUGGCCACAAACACGGAAGCCGUCAAGGAGAUGUUCACUCUGAAGUCAGAUCACUUUGGCCACCCCAAGAACGUUCAGUACCUCAUCAACAGGCUCACGGGUAGCAAGUUCAACUUUCUAAGCUCACAUGGACACAAGCUCUUUCGCAAACACCUUCGGCCUGCUUUUACACCGGGCCACGUAAGGAGAAUCAUGCCCGCUAUAUGGGGCAAGUCGGACAAGAUGAUCACACUCAUUGAGCGUGGGCUGGAAAACGAUCAGGAGCCGAAGCACAUAGUUGACCUGCGAGAUUAUAUCCGCCGGACCAUGUGGGAUAUCUUCGGCCUCGCUGUUUUGGGUCACGAUUGUCGCACUCUCGAAAAUCCGACCGCUGGUGCGCGGGACAGGCUCUCAGGCAUACUCGGCAGGCUCAAUAGCCCUGCGAUCAAAUGGGGUAACUUCAUCAUGAACUACCUUGACGUUCGCCCGCUCCUGGCGGUCCUCUCACCCAUACUGGAGCGCUCACAGGCAGGGAAGGCACUGGAGCAAAUCCGCUCAACUGUCAGGCAUGCCGCGUUAGAAAAACAAGCCAAGUGUGGCCCACCAACUCCGUCCGACUGUGUCGCAAAGGAUCUCGGUCUGGAUAUUACGGGCAUUUCGAUUGCAAGCGGUAUAUUCCCUACCGAGGAGCUUGUCGACAAUGGCAUGCUUUUCCUGACUGCCGGGCCGAAUUCGACGGGGACAGCAGUCGAAUGGGCCAUUUACGAGCUUGCUCGGCGGCCAACAAUGCAAGACCGGCUCCGUCGGGAAGUCAGCAACUGCCUGCCCCUGUCCGCAACGUCAAGCGUCGAGUUGGUUCAGCACUUACAGGCGCUCCCCUACCUCAGCGCCAUUGUCAACGAGGUAAUUCGGUACUACCCCUUCGUCCCACUCAGCUCCCGCGUCGCUGAAAAGGACACGACGUUGCUGGGAGAGCACAUUCCCAAGGGCACCAUUAUGCUGAUACCUGUGGAGGCCUUCAACCGAGACGUUCGGCUCUGGGGGGCGGACUCGGACCAGUUCAACCCUGACCGGUGGCUUGGGGACGGGGAAGGUUCGGGGGGUGCGACGAAUGCCUACGCUAUGCUGUCGUUCGGUGCGGGACCUGGGACGUGUAUUGGGCAAAGUUAUGCAAGGGCAAUGAUUGCAUGCCUUGUUGCGGCAUUGGUACGUCGGUUUGAGAUUGAGCUUGCCAACCUGGAAACAGCUGGUCGGGUCAGACCUGCUCCAUUCAUGAAGUCUGAGGAAGGCAUGAUGGCAAGGCUCAGAGUUGUGCGUGAGCAGUAGCGGUAAAGCAGCAGCUUGCCUGAAUCGGUUACAGCCGUUGGCGUAUAACUAAGCCAAUUCGAAAUCAGUUAUGGAUGAGGG